AUGCGAUUCUCCAACGCCGUUAGUAUUUCCCCGUCAUACUUUCGUCGCCGAAGUAUCCUCGGGCGGGUAACGAGCGUCGGUGAUGGUGAUAACUUUAGAAUUUAUCAUACACCGGGUGGUAGAGUGUUUGGAUGGGGUUGGCUACCUUGGAAGAAGAUUCCAACGUCCAGAAAGGAGUUGAAAGAUAAAACGGUUCAUGUCCGCUUGGCCGGCAUAGAUGCCCCGGAGCUUGCACAUUUUGGUAGUCCCGAGCAGCCUUUUGCCCGCGACGCUCACCAAUGGCUGACAUCGUAUCUCAUCAAUCGUUCUGUUCGUGUCUAUGUACAUCGCCAGGAUCAGUAUCAACGCGUCGUGGCUACAGUGUUUGUCCGACGGAUGCUUGACUUUCCCAUUCCGUUCCGCCGUCGUGAUGUGUCGUACGAGAUGUUGAAGCAGGGACUCGCUACAGUUUACGAAGCAAAAGCAGGCGCUGAAUUUGGCGGUCCGGUGAUGGAGGAAAGAUACAGGAAGGCUGAGUGGUGGGCGAAAGUGCGCAGAAAAGGGCUGUGGAAGGACUUCUAUCGCAAUAAGGAAUGGGAGAGUCCUAGGGACUAUAAGAUUCGUAUGGGGUCACAAGACCGGCCGAAGGGAAAUGGGCGUAAAAAAUAA